AUUCUGAUAAAGCCACGGUGCUGACUGCCGGUGAAUGGUGGGCUGAGCUCAGUGCAGAAACCUGCAGCAUGGAUAACUGGAGCACAACUGAUCGGCAGCAUGCGAUAAUUCAUCGGUUCGUAUCUCGGUAAAUACAGAAAUCAGCUAUAGUUUAACAAAGACACAAUGGCUACGCAGUCUGUGCCGAAACUUGAAGUAAAGCUUUUUGAAGAUGGACAGGACAACCCAGACAGUCAGAAUGAUGACCAUCUGAGGAGUCUGAAAGCACUUACUCAAAAACUGAGGCUUGAAACCAGAAGACCUUCCUAUUUAGAAUGGAAAGCCAAACUUGAAGGGAAAGACUGGAAAAGCACAAAGCUGGAGGACCAAGGGCUCAUAAUGACAAAGAAGCCCGGUGAGGAGCCCAGUAACUUCAAGAAAGCACAAAGACAGUUCAGUGGGAGUUCUGUCAGCGAUGGCAACUUGACUCCAGGAAAAUUUAGUGGCUUUGAGAAUAUGGACGAAGCACUGAGCUGGCUCCGGAAGGAAUUGACAGAAAUGCGUCUGCAAGACCAGCAGCUGGCAAGACAACUGAUGCGUCUUCGUAGUGACAUCAACAAGUUGAAGAUUGAACAGACCUGCCACCUUCACCAACGAAUGCUUAAUGAUGCCACCUAUGAACUGGAGGAGAGGGAUGAACUGUCGGAUUUGUUUUGUGACUUCCCAGUAACCAAUGCCUUCACUCUAUCAGCACCUCUCAAACUUAUCGGCGUUACCAAAAUGAACAUUAAUUCCAGGAGAUUUUCUUUAUGUUAAAAAUACUGAAAGCACUGUGCACUUCAGAUUGUCAGCAGUUUCUCUUUGGAGAUGACUACAGUAAGCCUCAGAAGUACAGAGAAAGUAAUCUGAAUUAUUUCUUUUCUAUGCUUUUGUUGCCUGUUUUUUGCAAUUUUGUUUUUUCCUUUUUCUUCUCCCAGCCUUUUCUGAGCGCAACUGUUGCUGCUGUAUCGGACCAUGUGUAAUGGAAACACUCCAAAUAGGGUAACUGCAGGCUAUUUGACCACAAAGUCCGAUCUCCUCCAAUAUAAGAGUAAAGGCUCUCAUCAUUAGAGAUGAGAAGCGUGAAACCUGA